CCCAUGGCAGCCUCUCAGCAUGGAGGGGCCUCUUGUUUUUCCAGGGGCCACAAGAGACAUUGGCUCAGCCCUGACCCGAAUGUGUAUGCGGCACCGGAGUAUUGAGACCAAGCUUCGGCAGUUCACCAAUGCCCUGCUGGAAAGCCUCAUCAACCCCCUGCAAGAGAGGAUUGAGGACUGGAAAAAAACGGCUAACCAGCUCGACAAGGAUCAUGCAAAAGAAUAUAAACGCGCUCGCCAUGAGAUUAAGAAGAAAUCAUCAGACACACUAAAACUCCAGAAGAAAGCCAGGAAAGAGCUACUUGGGAAAGGGGACCUGCAGCCCCAGCUGGACAACGCCCUCCAGGACGUGAACGACAUGUACCUGCUCCUGGAGGAGACGGAGAAGCAGGCCGUGCGCCGGGCCCUGAUCGAGGAGAGGGGCCGGUUCUGCACCUUCAUCACCUUCCUGCAGCCGGUGGUGAAUGGAGAGAUCACCAUGUUGGGGGAGAUCACCCACCUGCAGGGCAUCAUCGAUGACCUGGUGGUGCUGACAGCUGAGCCCCACAAGCUGCCGCCAGCCAGCGAGCAGGUGAUCAAAGAUCUGAAGGGCUCCGACUACAGCUGGUCCUACCAGACUCCGCCAUCUUCCCCGGGCAGCUCUGGGUCUCGGAAGUCCAGCAUGUGUAGCAGUGGUAACAGUACAAAGGGUGGCGCCCCGUGGCCUGGCGGCUCCCAAACAUACUCACCCAGUUCCACCUAUCGCUACCGCAGCCUGGCGCAGCCAGUUCACACCAAUACCCGCCUCUCCAGCGUCUCCUCGCACGACUCCGGCUUCAUCUCCCAGGAUGCCGCGUACUCCAAGCCUCCCUCCCCCAUGCCCUCGGACAUCACCAGCCAGAAGUCCUCCAGCUCGGCAUCCUCUGAGGCCUCGGAAACCUGCCAGUCAGUUAGCGAGUGCAGCUCCCCCACCUCGGACUGGUCCAAGGCUGGCCCCUAUGACCAGCCAGUGGCAACCACUCUACAACGGAGGAAGGACCGAGUAGAACACCUGAGGGAAGCAGAAGUGGGCCCAGGCAGCGGGGGCUAUCCCAGCAUUGGUGGAGAAGAGACACCUCGACCCAGAAUGUCCCCUGCAACUAUCGCAGCUAAGCAUGGUGAGGAGGUCUCUCCAGCUGCCAGUGACCUGGCCAUGGUGCUGACACGUGGCUUGAGCCUUGAGCACCAAAAGAGCAGCCGGGACUCCCUGCAAUAUUCAAGUGGCUACAGCACACAAACAACCACCCCAUCCUGCUCUGAGGACACCAUUCCCUCUCAAGAGCCCCGAAGUGGUCAGGAGGUGAAAAAAUUCCUAGCGUCAGAGCCUACCCCUAAUGUGGCAUCUAAUGCUAAAAAAUGUUCGGACUAUGACUGCUACUCUGUGAACGGGGAUGUGGAAGGCGAGGGGCAGAGCGAGUUUGACAAGUCUUCCACCAUCCCCCGAAACAGCAACAUUGCCCAGAAUUACCGCCGUAUGAUCCAGACCAAGCGACCCGCCUCCACCGCCGGACUGCCCACAGGCAUGGCCCUGCCUUCAGGUGCCCCGCCAGGUGUAGCCACCAUCCGCCGCACACCUUCCACCAAGCCUUCAGUGCGCCGCACUCUCUCCAAUGCUGGCCCCAUCCCCAUUCGUCCACCUAUCGUCCCGGUGAAGACCCCUACAGUGCCCGAUUCGCCCGGCUACAUGGGCCCGACCCGGGUGGGCAGCGAAGAGUGCGUCUUCUAUGCCGAUGAUGCUUCCUCGCCCCAUGCCCCCGAUUUUGCCAAGGCCUCCCCCAAACGGCUGAGCCUGCCCAACACUGCGUGGGGCAGCACCUCACUGGAGGUGGCCAGCUACCCAGGAGCCGGACAGUCUCUCUCAGCUGAGGAGGCAGAGGAGGAGCAGCAGCUGGCAGCCAAUCGCCAUAGCCUGGUGGAGAAGAUUGGGGAGCUGGUGGCAGGUGCCCAUGCUCUGGGAGAAGGGCAGUUUCCCUUUCCCACUACUCUUUCUACCACCUCAGGAGAAGAGACGCCUACCCCACCCCCCGCUGCUUCCAGUGACCCUCCAGCUGAAGACAUGCUGGUGGCCAUCCGGCGUGGGGUGCGUCUUCGAAGGACCAUCACCAAUGACAGAUCUGCUCCCCGAAUCUUGUGAUGUUGCUGCCACCUCCCCUGCCUCCCAACUGAGGGAGCCCUCAGGGUCUGGCCUGAGCAGCUGGGGCCAUGUGAGAGAGGAAUUAGGAGAGAAAAACCAUUGGGAGCCACAUUAAAUAAAAAAAGAACAAUAAAGGAGAAAAAGAAAAGUUUAAAAUAAAAAUACCAGGCAAAGCCACUUUAUGGAUAGAGACACAGAAUCUAGAUUUUAAAAUUUAAACAAGAAAAAACUUCUUUAACAAACCUUGGAAAGGUGGAGCCAUUAGGCCUUGAACUCUUCUGGAGUCUCUUUUAUACUUUGUCUCACCCACUCUGUUCCCUUCUCCUGUCCUCUUCUCCUUGCCACCCCUUGCCUUCUGCCCAUCUCACUCCUCCCUAGUGAGUGGUGGGGAAAGGUGUUCCUGGCCAUCCA